AUGGGCGGACUCAUCCGAUAUGGGAAGCGUCCGUUUAUAAAAUUGAAGAGUCCAUCAAUGAGGAGGUUACAUGAGUCCAACAAAGGUGAUGUGUCGACGGCGGACUAUUCAGAAGGGUCGGUGGACUAUUCGAAAGCGUCGGUGGACUAUUUGGAAGCGUCCGCCGUCGACGCUUCACCUUUGUUGGACACAUGUAACGUCCUCAUUCAUAGACUCUUCCACUUUAUAGACGGACGCUUUCCAUAUUGGAAGAGUCCGCCCAUAGACACAGGAAGAAUUUGCAUAUCCCAUUUCACUUCUAAAAGGCCAACAAUUAUACAUCACCCUUUGUUAUCUUCGGUUUCUUUAUUUCCAAAAUAUAACAUGAAUUUAAAGCAACCAAUCGCAUCAUCCUCUCCUUUUUAUUUCCUCUUUUAUGUUCUUGUUAUACUUCUAACCUCCACCAUCAUCUCAGCGUUCUAUGAUGGCAAAAAUGAGACCGAUCAUAAGGCUUUGUUGCACAUCAAGUUGAUGAUCACUAAAGAUCCAUAUGGAGCUCUAACCUCAUGGAACAACUCCCUUCAUUUCUGUGAUUGGACUGGUGUUACAUGUGGAAAGAGGCAUAGAAGAGUAACUGCUAUAGUGCUAGAGUCGCAAGGUCUAGAAGGCAUGUUGUCUCCUCACGUAACGAACUUGAGCUUUCUCCGAGUUCUUUCUAUUGGUAACAACAGCUUUACAGGUGCCAUUCCUUAUAAACUCAGUGGUCUAUCUAGGCUACGUUUCCUAUAUUUAUCCCGAAACAAAUUUAACGGCAUCAUUCCAACUAACUUGUCUAGCUGUUCUAACCUUGAAGAGCUUAUUCUUUCCCGUAAUGAGUUAGUUGGAAACAUACCCGAGGAGAUAAGUUUACUCCCUAAACUUACUUAUCUUUCACUAAGUUAUAAUAAGCUAACAGGUGGAAUACCACCUUUCUUGGGAAAUAGUACAUCAAUGAAAAUUCUCUCUCUCGCUAUAAAUCCAUUGGGCGGGAGCAUUCCAAACACCUUAGGUCAUUGGGAAGUUUUGAAAGAACUUUACUUUGGUGGUUGUAAUUUAUCUGGAACCAUACCUGAGUCCCUUUAUAACCUUUCACUCCUCAUGAAUUUUAGCUUGGCUAGUAAUCAACUGACUGGUAGUCUUCCUCCAACCAUAGGUGCAAUGCUCCCCAAUCUUGUUUUCUUUCAGAUAUCAGAAAACCAACUAACUGGACCUCUUCCACCAUCCAUCUCCAAUUUUUCAAAACUACGACAUCUUCAGGUACAUGACAACCACUUUAGUGGGAAGUUAACAACCAACUUUGAAAAACUAACAGAUAUUUAUUAUCUAGACAUAACCAAUAACCUCUUUGGAAGCGAAGAUGCUAAUGAAAUGAUGUUUAUUGAUUCUAUGAAAAAUUGCACCAAAUUAAAGACAUUGGCUCUUGCUAAUUGCAAUUUUCAAGGAGUGCUCCCUACAUCAAUAGGUAAUCUUUCCAAUCAACUUCGUAUUCUAUUUUUACAGAAUAACGAAUUACAUGGAAAUAUUCCUAGCUCAAUCGGUAAUCUAGUUGGUUUGGAACUUUUAUAUUCUGGAAGUAACCGAUUCACCGGAAACAUCCCCUCAACCAUUGGUAAACUUCAAAAUCUACAAGAAGCUCAAUUCUAUAAAAAUCGUCUUUCAGGACAGAUUCCUGAUUCCAUAGGAAACUUAUCAUCCUUGAUCUAUCUUGAUCUAUACUCAAACAAGUUGGAAGGGGUUAUUCCAUCAAGCCUAGGAAAUUGUCAUAAUCUAUUAAUGUUGUACCUUGGUGACAAUAAACUUAAUGGGAAAAUACCUACGCAAGUUUUUCAACUUUCAUCUUUAUCCAUAGAAUUGGCUCUUUCUCACAACAACCUAUGUGGUCCACUUCCAACUGAGGUUGGAGACCUCAAGAUGUUGAGUAAACUAGAUUUAUCUUAUAAUAAUUUAUCAGGAAAUAUUCCUAGUAGCCUUGGUGGUUGUGCUAGCCUUUCAUGGUUGUACCUAGAAGGAAACUUAUUUCAAGGUACGAUACCACCAUCAUUAAGUUCCUUGAAAGGAUUGGUGGAACUCGAUAUUUCUCAAAAUAAUUUAUCAGGAGACAUUCCUCAAUUCUUAGAACGGUUUUCAAAUUUGAAAUAUUUGAACCUAUCAUAUAAUGAUUUUGAGAGUGAAGUACCAAUGGUAGGAUUAUUUGCCAAUGCAAGUGGCUUUUCUAUUUUGGGGAAUAGUAGGCUUUGCGGUGGCAUUGUUGAACUUGGGUUAUCCAAAUGCAAAGGGAAAACGAAAAGUAAAAAGAAGUUUCAUGUGUUUGUAAUACCCAUUUUGAUUGCAUCCACACUCUUCACCAUAACAUGUUUUGCCUAUGCGUGGUGUAAGAAUAAAAGAAAGAGUCAGCAAUCUCAACCAUCAACAAACGAACGCUUCAUGAAAGUUUCAUACGACCAACUUCUAAAGGCUACAAAUGGGUUCUCCGAAGCUAAUUUGAUUGGAAAAGGUGGGUUUAGUUCGGUUUAUAAAGGAAUCCUUGAUGAAGAUGAUGAUAGGUUUGUUGCAGUCAAAGUUUUACAUCUUCAUAACCGAGGAGCUCAAAGAAGCUUUAUGAGGGAGUGUGAAGCAUGGCGAAGCAUUCGGCACCGGAAUUUGUUGAGGAUAAUAACUUCUUGUUCAAGCAUUGACUUUCAAGGAAAUGAUUUUAAAGCUUUGGUAUAUGAGUUCAUGCCCAAAGGAAGUCUACAUGAUUGGUUACAUUCAAGUGAAAGUACAUCAAGACUAAACCUUCUUCAGAUAUUAAAUAUUCUUAUUGAUGUAGCAUCUGUACUUGAUUAUAUUCAUAAUCAAUGUGUACCACCCGUGGUUCACGGUGACAUAAAACCAAGCAACAUUCUACUCGAUGAUGAUAUGGUUGCUCAUGUUGGAGAUUUCGGUUUAGCUCGAUUUCUUGGAACCUCGUACUCAAACAGCUCAACCGGGACUAGAGGAACAAUUGGUUAUGUUGCUCCAGAGUAUGGUCUUGGAAAUGAGAUGACAAGUAAUGGAGACGUCUAUAGUUUUGGAAUAUUAUUGCUAGAGGCGAUGAGCGGGAAAAAGCCGACUGGUGACAUCUUUAAUGAAAGCCUUAGCCUUCAUAACUUUGUUUCCAUGGCCUUGCCAGACCAUGUAAUGGAUGUUAUUGAUCUUAACAUUCUGAAUGUUUAUCAAGAGGAUGAAACUUUUAUGCAAAAGAAGGAAGAAACUAUGAUGAAAAUUGAGGAUUGUUUACGUUCAAUACUUAAAAUUGGAGUAUCAUCCACUAUGGAUUCCCCACUAGAAAGGAUGGAUAUGAAGAAUGUGGUGCACGAAUUGAAACAUAUUCUGGUUAAAAUUCAAAAUAUUUGA